UUUGUGUCUUCUGCAGGCUCUGAACCAAAGUUAUUGAAAACUUGAGUAUUGUGGUUAACACUCAAACCCCCAAAAAACAAAAAACUUAAAAGGGGCCAGUACGUGACCAUGUGAAGUACUGAAGUCAUAGUUAAAUUAAUGCUUUCAGUUUCAUUACUGCUUGAAUAAAACUGCAGUUGGUAACAGGAAGAGCUAAAUUGAUUGCAACCUUCAGUUGAGUAUAUGAAGUAGCACACAGCAAAUAACUCGAUUUUCUGAGUUUGCCUUGUCUAGGAACGUUGUACAUAACCCACAACUGCCCCCUUCUACUACCUUAAUUUAUUACUAAAGCACAUUCAUUAUCCUUUGGUUUAAAAAGAUUAUUUGGUCAUGUAACAGUUCGGCAUCCUGUGUAGUAUAGCUUGGUGUUAUCACUGUAAAGUAAAGACAAGCUAUAUUUUCUGUGGUCUAAAGAUGCCACAUUUUUAUUAAGUCUAUGAAUUUUAGUGAAGUUUGUUUCAUUGACUUAAUAAAAAGAAUGGGUAUCAUGUUUUAUCUAUGGUAGAAAUAGAACUCCAGUGUAUUAGAAACCUGAGUAUUCUCCAGAAUGUUCAGCAAAAACUGUUUUGGUUUUCAUUUUUGUUGAAGUAUUCAAAAUAACAUAACAAAGGUUGAACUUUUUCCAAUGUAAUCCUUAAUCCUGGAAUGAGGUUUAAAUGCUUUCUAAUCUUUUUGUUAAGAGGGUUUUCUGGAGCUUCGCUAGUUUUCUGAGCUGUGAUGUUUUGUCUCCUUUGAUGAAAGAGGAAGAGGAAGUGCUAAGAGAAGUAACGCUGAUCAGUGCUUUUGUUUUCCCUCAACUACCUCCAAAACCGCUGAAUAUAUUUUUUGCUGUCUGCAUCUCUUUGAGUAGUAUUACUGCCUGCAUACUUAUCUACUGGUAUCGACAAGGAGACCUAGAACCGAAAUUUAGAAAUCUAAUUUACUACAUCUUAUUUUCGCUCAUCAUGUUAUGUAUAUGUGCAAACCUGUACUUCCAUGACGUGGGGAAGUGAGGCUGCCGAGGAAAACACUUAUCAGGUCUCUGCGAAGCUGUACACUUGGACUGUAAGAGCUGGGUCAGGUGUGCUGAAGAAUCUCCUGUGCAAGUCUGAUACAUGAUUUUCAUGUUAAUUGUAAAUCUAAAAUUCCCUCUUGCAGGGGAGACGUAUCCUAGAUUGCUUUGCUUUUUUCUUUAAGGAGCUGAUGUUGCACUGAAACAUUCCAAACCUUAAAGCUCAAACAGCACAAGCAAUUUUCACUUUUGAAAUUAAAAUUUUUUAUAAUGUAGGUGCAUGGCGAAAGGCUAUGUGACAAUCUUGCAUUUUAAGACAAAUAUUCUUUUAUUUCUGUUAAACUGAAUAUACAAUUAUUGUUCCCUAGGCAACCAACUUUUGCUUAUAACUACAAUUAAAUUUCACAUUAACAAAACACAGACGGUGAAAAGACAACUUUGAUUGUGAAGAUCUAAUUACAGUAAUAAAUAAAAUAAUUUAUACAAGUUU